AUGGAUUCCAGACUCGACACCGCUGUCACCGUCGAGCAACUCCCUGUCCCCAUCCCUCUCGACUCGGACCGCCGUCCUGCGGAUCUCUCAGCUGAUCCUGCGCCGGGGUUAAACACAACAGUACAGGAAAUUCCCCAACCACCAACACAGACUCUCAUCAUAGAUCCGUCACCGCAGGAGUCGGGGCGUCAGCAGGAUCCGACGCCGGAUACUACGACCGAAGCCCCUUCAGAGGCUGGAGCGCCUCAAGUGGGCGAAGCUCCUCAUGAGAGCACUCUACAGGAUAACGAGACUCAUGCUUACUGGGUCGAGGAGGAGGAUACAUCGGUCCCUGAUGAGGCUGAAAUGAAAGAGAUCGAGUCACAAGCGGAGUCCGACCGCAGUGCGUUAGAAUAUAACUACUGGGAGAAGAUUUUCCACCCCGCCGUUGACGACCCAGAGUACAUCCCGGUAGAGAAAGCCCGCCUGACAUGGAAGAUCAAAGGUGUGCGCGGUACAAAGGAAAACCCCAACCGCAUCAAAAUCAUGCGAUCUCCUCCGGCCUAUAUUGGCGGUUACUGGUGGACCAUCAAGUUCUUCCCUCGUGGAAACAAUGUUGGAUCGUUGAGCGUCUACAUUGAAUGUUCAGACACCAUGCCGAACGCAGACGACGCUCUUCUGGAGACAGAGUUCAAGGUCUUCCGUGGCCCUGCAGAUGCAGAACUUGAUGCUAGCACUCCCGAUCUGGACCUUAAAUUCGACAAAAGCGAUAAUGCUGAAACAUGGACAGAAAUGUUCAAGGCGAAGUAUCCAGCGGCUGCGAACCAGGCAGAGCCAACCAAGGAGACUUGGAGAGUGUCAGCCCAGAUCGGAGUUAUCGUCUAUAACCCCGCCGAGCCUCACACCGGCUGGCCACAGUCUUCCUGCAACCAGUUCAACCCACACAACUUGGAUUGGGGAUGGACCAACUUCCAUGGUCCGUGGGACCAGAUUCACCGACGCCAGCGCGGCAAUCGCCAAGCCCUACUCCGCGACGACACACUGGCAUUCGAUGCGUACAUUCGCAUCUUCGAUGAUCCGACUCGGUCACUCUGGUGGCACCCUAGUGACUCUGAGCCGACUUGGGACAGCCUUGGGCUGACUGGAUAUCGGUCUCUGGGUGACUCGAUCAUCAACCACAGUGCAGACGUUGCUGGGCUCGCGACACUGCUUCACGUCGCUCCAUUCUGCAAGGUCAUCCAGAGCGUCAAUGUUCUGGAACACCACACGAAUUGCGAUGUAAAGCCCAAGCCACUGUGCGAUGCACUACAGAAGUUCCUUUGGCAGCUACGCCAGCGAGACCAGUCGCUUCAAUAUGUCGACACAGACAUGAUUACAAGCACACUGCGCAAUCUUCACGAGGGCUCCACAGAUGUCUGCGAGUUCUGGGAGCGUUUACGCCGCUCUUUGGAACUAGAACUCGCGGGUACACCUGCUGCAAAGGAACUUGCUCAGAUAUUUGAUAGCCCGUCACCUGACACCCUUUCUCUUCCCGAGAACGUCCAAAAGGACGCUGUGCACACUGUCCCGAAGGACUCCAACUCGCGAAUUUACGUUCCUGCUGAUCAAGUUAAGUCUACGAGCGAAGCCUUCAGCCAUUAUCUCAGCGCCAAACCCGGGCAAUGGGUGCUCCCCCCAGUUCUGCACCUCGAGUUGGGCCGCCAGACACUGGACAAGGCUGCUCGACAAUGGCGUCUUCUCUACAACAAGGUCGACUUGGACGAGGAGCUAGACCUGUCACCUUGGAUCCUGGGUGGCCAGCAGGGGAAGUAUGUCCUGUACGGUUACAUUGUCCAUCGUGGCCGACGCACAUCUGGAAAGUUUUUCAGCAUCCUGCGUCCAGGUGGGCCGGGCACCAAGUGGCUCGCUUUUGAUGACGGCAGCGAUAACCGGGUCGAAUGCUUGACUAGGAAAACGGCCCUGGGACCUCAUCUUGGUCUGGAGCCGGGUGAGACACCGGACCACAAGACCGGACACGAUGUUGCUGUUGCUGUCAUGUAUAUCCGCAGCGAUGUGAUCAAGGAUUUCUUGCCUGGUCCUCAGGGACCAUGGGAUGUCUCGGACGAUCUUAAAGAAUAUUAUCAAACCGGCGAAGUCAAACUCCCAAAGAAGACUGAUGGUGAGGCCGAAGCCGGGGAUAUAAAGGUCGAAGUCUACUCCCUCAAGAAGUACGACCAACUCGGCAGUCUAUUCGACUCAUACGAUCUUAUGUCACAAGCCAUGGCCGCCAAUAGCGUCAUGUACUUGACUGUGCCUCGCUCGACGAACCUCAUCGACGUCCGCAAGAAGAUCGGACUCUGGGCGUCUUCCCAAACCGAGACUGAAAUCAACCCAGAGAAUGUGCGUCUUUGGCAGAUCGGCCAUACCCGUGAAUGCUUCGGACCUACACUCGCACUUACGCGUAUCUCUGAUCUCACAGCAACCCUUGACAUCCCACUGAACCCUGUCCGUUACUGGUUGCAGAUUGUAUCAGACAGCGAUGCCAAGUACUUUGCGAUGCAAGACCCGGAACCACCAGUUGAGGUCAACACCAAGCCUGAGGAAACCGUUGCUGAACGCUCUGGUUCCGAGACUUCGGGCAAUGCACAACCAGCCCCAGCUACAGAGAGCGCUGAGCCUAGUUCUUCCAGCUAUUGGCUCGAGGUCUCUCCUGCCAACGAGCAGGCUACCCUUCCACAGUCUACGGAACAGUCUACAGAACGCCCUACAGCUAUUGAACCGACCACGGACACUGCGGAAAACACAACACCAGUUGCAGCCGAGACCUCGGAGGGUGAGAGGGAAGCUCAUCCUAAUGAUGCGGUAUCUGCCGAAAGUAAUGCACCCGUUGAGCCUGUUGAGCCAAACAUUGAAAAUGCGGCCCAAACUACAGAGUCUCAACAAAUUGAUAUUCCAGAAGGCGCAACUGGCCCUGAGGAGUCCAUAUCGGCUGAGAACGAUGCCGUCAUCGCGGCCAUUAUUGCCGCGGACGCUCAGCAACUAGAUGAACAACAGCAGCAGCAGCAGCCUCAACCCGAUGCAGCUGGUCAAGAGGAGCCUUCCACAUCCGAGGAACAAACUGGGACUCCUACUAAUACCGAAGACGCUCCACCCCCAGAGCCCAAGGUAGUCCUACCAGUGGAGCACGUAUACUACUACGUCCAAGUAUUCGACAUCGAAUCUCAGUCUCUCCGCACCAUGGGCUCGUUCUUCUCCCAGAAAGAGGACACCAUCAAGCCCGCCAUCCGCAAGCACCUCGAAUGGCCCGACACCAAGGACUUCCAGGUCUGGCAAAGAGUUGACGGAACUGAAAUCCUGACUCUUGCUUCAGCAGAAACAUUCGAAAUCAGCCCGCCGGACGGAACCUGCUUCAUAGUUGGCGACAAGCUAAACAAGGAGAAGCGCGCCCGACUCAACGAAAGGGGUCUAUUCGCUAGCCCCGACAAGCUGGUCCGUUACAUUUGGGCCGAGUCCCGUAACCACCCUAUCAAAGCCUUCACGGGAACCAAAACCUUAGACGUCACAUUCACCUCGGACUUCUAUAGCGGAGAAUUCAUCAAGGGCUACUUCCACGGGAAGGGCAAGCACAUCUCCGACUCCGCCGCAACGUACAAUGGGGAUUUCGUCCUCGGAAAGCGUCACGGGAAGGGCACAAUGGAGUACCCAACCGGCGAUACAUACGAUGGCGACUGGUACGAGGACCAAUGCCACGGCCAGGGAACCUUUGUCGAGCGUAAGACCGGCAACAAGUAUGUCGGCGGGUACAAGGAAGGUAAGCGCCACGGCAAGGGAAUCAGCUACUGGGAAGUUGCAGACGAGGAGAUGGACCUGUGCCAGAUUUGCUUCGGCGAGGAGCAGGACGCUCUCUUCUAUGAUUGUGGUCAUGUCUGCGCUUGUGUGACUUGUGCGCGACAGGUGGAGAUCUGCCCGAUUUGCCGGAAGAAUAUCAUCAGUGUUGUCAAAAUCUACCGCACAUGA